AAGCAAUCACAUCCUCAACGCGAAUCCCAUUCAUACUAGAAAUGGCUCGUAUGUCGCGCUUCCAGUCGCCGGCCGUACUUAAACUCCCCACUAUCCCUUCUUGUCCUAUCUUAGUACCUUUAGAAGAAAUUCUCCACGCGGAUAUCUCCUACCCACGAAACCACCCAGCUCUCAGCAACGAUGGCCCGACCUUACCGUGUAACCAGACUGAGACCCUCGACCAAACCUCGUGCUCACAUCCUCACCAAAAAGCUUCUCCCCACCAAACCUCGUGCUCAAAUCCAAACCAAAGAGCCUCGCUCCCUCGCCCAACGCUGCGAAGAGCUCGCGAUCGAGCUAGACAAGCAAGCCGGAAAAGAAACGCCCUGGCUCCUCCCAAAGCUCCCCACCUCCCACGACUCUCCUAUCGGCUACUACGAGUUCGCCUCGGAACCUGAUCGUCUAAUUGCGCAGGAGCAUAAGUGUAACACCAUGGCGGAUGUUUGCAAGCUCGGCCCGCGGAAGCAGAAGACAGUCGAUUUGAGUAUCCGCUUCGUCUCACCCGUUGAGGAGGCUGAUCCUGAAGGGGGUGGGGAAAGGGUAGUGGUGGCGUGGAGGAAGGACAGGAGCAUCAAACUCCAGGAGCUGCUGCCGACACUGGAGAGUUACCCUCUCCGAACAGAGGAAACACCUCCGGGAGAUGACGCCGCCUGCUUGAUUAAGUAUGCACCGCAUUUGCUGCAUGGGGUUACGUUGCUUAUCUUGCUCACUCUCCUCCCCGCAAACGAGAUCAUAGCGCUCGCUGUUUCGCGUAAUGUAGAAUUCACACCCGAGACGCUGCAUAUGAGGAAGAGAGCGGCCAUCAACGAGCUCCCACUUUAUCAGUGGGAGCAGUUCCUUGGUCUUCGCGAGGGAGAUUUCGAUGGGCUGGCAGAUGCGCUCCGGCAGCAGGAUACUAGCCCUCUGAUCGAAGACGGGGAUGAGAAAGGGAGGUCGAAGGUAGUUAAGAAGGGUAAGAAAUCGGGAAAUGGUGGAGGAUUCUGAUUCUGCUGAGUCUCUCUUGGUGGUCUUUUAGUGUGCCGGCAUAGUUCGCGAAUAGUUGAGAUAGGAGCUUCCAGGAAGGAA